CCCCCUUCAGCUCCAGGGCUGAGAGCACAACUUCCAGGGCCCAGCCCUUCACUAGGCAUCCCUGUCCCAGGGAGCCCGGCGUCAUCCCAGUGACAGGGGGCCAUCCUCCCCUCUAGGGGGCACUAAGUGCAUAGCUCAAAGCACCUGGAACCUUCUGCCUUCAGAGGCCGUCACUGGCAUCUGGCCCAGGAGCUCAGAGCUGACCCACAGCAUUGCCUCCCCCUUCUCCCCACCUCACCCCACCCCUGUGGAGUGGGGCAAGGCCUCUACUGCUGAGCCCCAUGACACACCCCUGCUGCAGAGAGCGCGUGAUGCUGGAUGCCACGCUGGCCCCUUCCAGAAAGCAGUGGGCCCCCUGGCCACUCCCCCACCUGGGGCAUCCUGGGGUCAGGACUGUGCCUGCCCUUAUUGCCUGGCUGUUUGAGGCAAAAGCCACUUGCUGUCCCUAGGCAGGGCCCUGGGGUCAGGAGCCUGGAGGCAGGUUAGCUGGGCACAUUCCAGGACCGGCUUCCUCGGGCCCGCGUGCCUGCUGCAGAACUGGUCAGGGCUGGUGUUUGCUCUAUGGGGCCCGAGGACAGAGCCAAGUGCCAGUGCUGUGGCCCUGAGCGAAGCUGCUGGGUGGCCGGCCGCAGUCCCACACGGGCCCACUGUGGACCCCUCUCUCUGUGCGGCUCCAUUGUGGACCAGGACACCAGCUGUGCCCUGUCCUGGGGAGGCCGGGACCACACAGAUGGGCAGAUCCUGGGCCAGCUGCGCCCCCUUGCAGAGGAGGAGGAGGAGGAGGAGGAGGAGGAGGAGGAGGAGGAGGAGGAGGGGGCCAGGGCAGCCCCAGCCACAGGGCCGGCCUUCCCCGGGAUGGGCUCUGAGGAGCUGAGGCUGGCCUCCUUCUACGACUGGCCGCUGAGUGCUGUGGUGCGGCCAGAGCCGCUGGCUGCCGCAGGCUUCUUCCACACUGGGCGGCAAGACCAAGUGAGGUGCUUCUUCUGCCGCGGGGGUCUGCAGAGCUGGGAGCAAGGGGAUGACCCCUGGACAGAGCAUGCCAAGUGGUUCCCCAGGUGUGGGUUCCUGCUCCAGACAAAAGGAAGGGACUUUGUCUGCAGCGUCCAGGAGUCUUGUUACCACCCGCUGGGCUCCUGGGACCAAUCGGAAGAACCCGCAGACUCAGCCACCACCACCCCUUCAGAUGCCAGGGGCAGGCAGGAGUGGCCUGCAUGGAGCCGGUGCCCGGCAGUGCAGGCUGCCCUCUGCAUGGGCUUCGGGCAGAACCAGGUACGGCGGCUGGUGCAGCGGAAGUACCUCUGGGCGGUGCCGGCCAGCGUAUCCGCGUCCCAGCUGGUGGCCGACCUGCUCCAGGAAGAUGACGGGGGCCAGGCUGCGGAGGCCAGAGCUCCUGUCCACGUGGGUCCUGAGCUGCCCACGCCCAGAAGGGAGGCCCAGUCAGAAGGUGCCACAGAGCCAGGAGCCCAGGACGCCCAGGAGCAGCUGCGGCGUCUGCAGGAGGAACGGACCUGCAAGGUCUGCCUGGACCACCCCGUGCGCACCGUCCUCGUGCCCUGCGGCCACCUGGUCUGCGCGCACUGCGCUCCCGUGCUGCGGCUCUGCCCCCUCUGCAGGGCCCCCAUCCGCAGCUGUGUGCGCAUCUUUCUGCCCUAGGCCAGGUGCUCCAGAGGCUGGCUGCCUCUCGUGUCCCGUGGGGGGCUGCUGAGGACGACUGAGCCGGCGUCCAGAACUGGCCAGCCAGAGUCCCCACUGGCAGCCCAGGGAGGAAUGGGGCCGCAGACGGCUUGGCAAGGGGAGGGGGCGUGAAGGUGGUUUGACCGAUGCUCAGGCGCUUUUGCAGAUUUACAGUAAAGUGGCGGGUUUUCCCUGGA